GUUUGGAAUUUGAAUCAAACUAUGAGUCCCAUGUCUGAUCAUCGCAAUUCUCUCUUCAUUUCAAAUUCGCCUCCAAAUUUAGGGUUUUAAAUCUUAAUCAGGGUCUAUGACUUCUGUUCAGAUUUCCUGGCUUUUCACUAAUGGAGAAGAGCAAUUCAUUUAAGUAUCAGACUCGAGAAGCCAAUUGGCAGCAUCCAUGGACUGGAGAUUUCGGAUUCGCUGCAAGCGAUCGUAGGUACACUUAUGGUCGCCAGUCUUCAUUUAACCAUCAAUCCGGAAAGCCACACUCUACGAUUUCUGUUAUAUCGAAUGAGAAGUUAAAUCCUCUGCUUUCCCGUACUGUUUCGAGCAUAGACGUGCCACCAGAGAUUUACUCUGAUGACUACGAAAGUGAAAGCAUUUUCGAGACGGCCAAAGGCUCUAACAAGGAUAAGAAGGCAUUAUCAGUUCUGCAUUCUGUUAUUUCGAUAUUUGGGGUUGUUAGGUCCGGGAAGAGGCAAAUGAAGAGGCUUUUGAUUAUGAUUUGGCUUAAUGUUGUGUAUUCUACUGCGGAAUUGGGAAUUGGGCUCUUUACGGGGCGUGUUGGUUUGAUAUCUGAUGCAUUUCAUCUGACAUUUGGUUGUGGUCUAUUAACGUUUUCUUUUUUGGCCAUGGCUGCUUCUCGGAAAAAGCCUGAUCGCGUAUACACUUAUGGGUACAAAAGGCUGGAAGUUUUGGCUGCUUUCACUAAUGCUCUGUUUCUUUUGUUCAUGUCAUUUUCCACAGCAGUGGAGGCACUUCAUGCAUUCAUUCAAGAAGUAUCUGAGCACAAGCAUUAUUUGAUUGUUUCGGCGGUGACAAAUUUACUGAUUAAUCUUAUUGGUGUUUGGUUCUUUAGGAACUAUGCUCGCAUUAGUCUUGUCUACAGAAAAGCAGAAGACAUGAAUUACCAAUCAGUUUGCUUGCAUGUCCUUGCUGAUUCCAUUCGUAGUGCAGGAUUUAUAUUGGCAUCCUGGUUUUUGUCCCUCGGGGUUGACAAUGCUAAAGUCUUAUGUUUGGGGCUAGUUUCAGUUGCAGUUUUUAUGCUUGUCAUGCUACUGUUUAAAUCUACUGCUGGCAUCUUGCUUCAAAUGGCGCCACCGAGUAUUCCUUCUUCAGCAUUGAGCAAAUGCCUAAGACAGGUUACUGCUCGUGAAGAUGUUAGUGAAAUUUCUCAAGCUCGAUUUUGGGAAUUAGUGCCUGGUCAUGUUGUUGGUUCACUUUCAGUUCAGGUGAAGAAGGGGAUGGAUGAUCGACCAACAUUACAGUUUUUGCAUGGUUUGUAUCAUGAUAUGGGCAUAAAAGUUCUUACAGUGCAGACAGAGUAUGAUUAAGGCCCACAUUUCUGGAUGAGAGACAGUAAGAACAGCUUCAGAUUGAAAUCUGCCAUUUAUAGUUUUUAUUUGGCUUAAAGUUUAAUUUAGCCCAUAUACUUAUUGAGAAGUUUAAUUUAGCCAAUUUUCAACUUUUUAUCCAAUUUA